AUGCCCCGCGAGGUGGCAGGAAUAGGAGUGCAUGCGAUCUAUGUCGGCACAGAAAGGCGUCUCUCCGAAACACAACGCCAGGUACAAAAUCUUGAGAGUUUGAUUACCAACAGUGACUCUGCAUCCCGUGGUCCAGAAAAGGCUUCUACUCAUAAUAACUAUUCUGCACAAGCUCAUUUUCAUGACACGGCUGGCUUCGAGAAUGCCCUGUCUACAUUUCAACAACAUCUCGAAUACUCCUGGCCCGGAGGUGACCGGUCAUCCCACAGGGCCAGCUUCUGCUCCGCAAUAUUUCACCACACUGGUUCUCAUUUCGAUCUUGACAACUUCUUCCGUCAGGUCACAGACUCGUAUCAAUCGCGAUAUGGGAUAGAAGAAAAAAAGCAAGCGACCUCCCAAUGGCCUGACAAGCGUUUGGUCAGGAAUUGUAUUGAAUAUUAUGAUCGCAAAGGACUUUACUCUGUCUUCCCUAUAGUCGAUAUUCGCGUGGUCCGUGAGCUCUUUGAUGCGGGUGUUUUAGACGACCCAUCCAAAGCCAGUCCCGUGGCCAACAAGGCAUGUCUAGUCGCAUUCACGGCGCUUAUAGCUCAGCUACAUCGCCAUAGUCCAAUGUUCGCACACGCUAAACCAGAUGCCUACGUGCGAGCGGUGUUGUCAUUGCUACCGGACUUAUUCAUGGAAGAGGCUGACGUGAGAACAUUGGAGACGUUCAUUAUUUUGACCAUAUAUAUACCCCCGACCGGGCAAAGUUACCCAGCCGAGAUGAUGCUUGCUGCAGCUGUACGCAUCCUCUAUAAGCUUGGUGGCCACCGACAAAAUAAUCCCGACGGGGAUCAGGGGACGCACAACCAUUACCAUAUACGCUCUCUGUUCUGGCUAAGUUAUUGGAUGGACAAAGAAAUGUCAUUACGCGCGUGCCGCGAACCGAUGAUAAACGACGCAAGCUGUGACUUGGAAUUGCCGUCCACCUAUGUCUCGCAAUCCUCGACUUAUCAAUUCCUACAGGCUCCCCUAUCUUCCGACAUACUACUAUAUCCUUCCGACCUUCGCCUUGCACUAAUCAAAUCAAAAAUCUAUCGUCUGCUUCACUCUGACUCAGGCCGUGCCCAUCCUGAAUCCACCCGAAUGCAACGCAUCCUUGAGCUAGAUCAAGAGCUGAGUGCUUUAGAAUCGAGUUUUCCUGCACAUUGCCAACCUCAUGUGUUCGCAACCCCGGAUUGUCCACUGUACGCGUUCCAUGACCUUAGCAUGCGUGGUGUGACUUUGCACUUGGAUUACUACUAUUGUGUAAAAAGAAUCCACGAGGCCAGUGCCGCCUGCAGCACGCAGUACUCCUUUUCGUCGGGGAUGGGGCUUUCUCACCAGACAUCACGAUGCAUGUUGCUAUACAUUAAUCAAGUGAAAUCUUUUAUCACUUGGCAUAGUUUUUGGAUAUAUGCUCAAUGGUUGCUAUCGGCUGUGAUAUCCCUGUUUUAUCACUGCAUGUCCAACCCCACGUCUCCAACCUUUUCUGGGGAUCUUGAAAUCCUCGAGAAUACAAGAGACAUUUUCUCUUCUCUUAUGCGCAGUACCGAAGAAGGGAAGUGCAUUGCGCCGUUCUACAUUACCGAGGCUUUUGUUGACACACUGAUUCGAUUUGCUAAGCAAUCAUACAUGAAAGCGACUGCUAUAUGA